GCGGCCGGGCUCCGUGCGCCCCGGCGGCCACCAUGCUCAGCGUCGUGCACUUCCUCCGGAGCUUCUUCAAGACUCCAGAGCCAGAUGCACACCUGCCAGGUGAAGGUGAGAUUGAAGAUAACCAGCUCCCCACAUCCCCUGUGGAACAAGUGGAGCAGGGAUGGAGCCGGCAGACAGACCGCGAUGAUUCUGAAACACUGUCCCAGCAGAGUGAAACUGGAUCAGACACAAAAACUGACCCCUUUGAAAGUGCCUCCGACACAGAGUCCUUGUCUGGGGACCUCCCGAGGGGAGUCUUCCACCCUCUGAGAGGUACCCCUGUAGACACAGAAGUGCCUUGGGAAUACCCUGAUGUCUCAGCAACUGGACCCCCUCAAGAGCAGCAUUUGACCAGUGUUCCUGGGCUUCAUGCAAAGGAAGAACUCGGUUUGUCCCCUGGCUUAAAGGACGACUCUUGCAAAAAUGGGUGGCGAGCCUUUGCCACCGUUGCUGGAGAACAGGAGGCAGGACACCUCUGGGACUGCGCGACGAGCCUGGAGCGAGAGGCUUUGCUGGCAGGGGCUCCCCGACACACAGGGUGCUGCUUACAGAGGGCCACAGACAGCAGCGGUCCGGAGCCAGAACGGGGGGUGGCUAUUCAAGACCUCAGAGGGCUCUCCGCUGUCUCUCUUCAGAAAUCCAGGUCUGAGGGCUAUCUGGGCAUCCCAGUGGUCUGGCCCUUCCUUCUCUGGUGCUGUGAACUGGGUCGGAGUUGGCCACAUAUCCACAACAGGGCCAGGGCACUUGUGCCACUUAGCAGAGACCCAGUGGACAGCACAGCCCCUCUGGGGACCAGGACAAAAAGGGAAAGUACUCUAAGCCUUGCAGGGGACACAGAACUGCUCUGGUCCCAGCCCCACUUGGAUGUUCCCUGCCAGCCUCCUUUGAGAACAUCUUGCCUUCUACACACCAAGCGUCAUCAUAGUGCCCCAGAAACUAUUGGUGACAAGAAUAGGGCAUCCCCCAUACACGACUGUGGGCACUUGAGGGCACCGGUCAGGGCCCAUUCCAUAGCAGGGUUUUCCUCAGAGUGCCCCGAGGAUCCCAUGGGACCGAAUGUUGUGAAGUCUGGCACCCCUGUGAAGGAAGGGGAAGAAAAUGAACGAGAUCCAAGAACACAAAACGCCCUUUCCCCUACACCCACCCCGCUGGCUGGCCCGCUUCCUGCUUUUCAAAGUGGGGCUCCGCAUCUGCAGGGUCCCUGCAAGCCCGAUGGGUUUCGCUUGCAAAGGGCCUUUCAGGACACUCCUUCUGCAGAUCUCCUGGGGGAAAACCAGUUAAGACAGGAAUCCAGGUCAUGUCUGGUGGCUUCAUGCCUCACGUCAGAGUUAGUGAAGCUCAGUGCGGAGGAAGUGCCUGAGCCUGCUGAGUACAAGUCGGAGCAAAGCCCAGAAAGCAGAACCCAGGAACCCCAAGGCACCCAACUCGCACCAAGAGCUGCUGCUGAGAGACAGACACAGAAGCACCUCUGGGGCAUUUCUGUCGAGGCAGGAAACCAAACCAGUAAUUUCACAUCAAAGUAUGUGCUCGGCGUGGAAAGCAAGCCACCUACCAGGGCCAAGUUCCCACGGCAGCCUAGCAGUCAGGGGACCCAGGUGUGGAGUGGAGACUCAAUGGGCUGCUUGGAAGUGAGUGACAGUUCAGAUGCCCCUGAGACCACCCAGAAGUCAAGCGCAAUAGACACUUCAAAGGCAGCCGAAGAGGCCAUGUUUCUAGACCCCAAUUUCAGGGAACAGGCUUUGCAAGGUCUUUCAGAAUUCAAGGCAGCCACGGUGUCUCACUGCGGCCCUGGGGCUGAGGAGGGUGAACAGGGGCCUGGGGGUGCCGUGGGCCGGCAGCUGGAGCCCAAAGCAGGCGGUGAGGCCUCCAGGGGCAGGGGCGCCCUCAUCAUUGUGGCUGUGGAGCAGAAAGGUCUUCAGGCCGCCAGGAGCAAUGCGAGGCCUGUUCCAGAAGCACUGCCCCCUCGCUUUCCUGAGGAAAGACCGGAAUCUCCCCCGAGCACUGGCGAGACCGCCUGUGAGUCUCCCGCUACGGGGAAAACACCAGCCGGUAAAGAGUGUGAGCUGCUUCAGCCCGUGGCCCAGGCCGCAGAGCUCGGGAGCGUGCUGGUUCCCCGAGCUGCUUUGGUGGAGAAGCCGAGCACAGCGGCGCCCCCGGGAGAGACACUGCGUGGGGAGAGCCAGAGCCCCGGGCCCGGGGAGCGUGGCGCCGGGGAGGCCCCGGAGGGCGGCGCUGCAGCAGCCCCGGGCCAGCGCCCGCGUAUCCCUGCCUUGGAGCCGCCCCAGCCGCCACGCGGGCUUCGCAAGGCCGUGCAGGAACCUGGGAAGCGCCCCACGUUUUCCAAGGUGACCUCCUUCAGGAAGGGCAGGCCCUUGGCCGCUGAGAGCCCAGGAGGGGACCCGGCCCCGACCACCGAGGGCCGCGGCGGGGGUCUUUCAGGCCCCGAGGGGCUCCCCCCGGAGAAUCUGCCCCGGGCGGCCCGCUGGGACCCGCCGCCUCUGCACCACGGGGACGCCAGCGCCUGGCCCGAGUUUGCCCCGCAGGCUGCAGGCGACGGGACCGCAGGGCCGGCAGGGACUGGGCACAUGGGGACCGCAGGGGACCUUGGUAGGCGAGGGCCUUCCUCUGAGAGCUGUAACGCAAAGAGACUCAAAACAACGGAGAAAAAGCUCAGGGCAAGGUUAGCCUUGGCUCAUAAGACCUUUUCAAGCUUUUUUGAGUCAAUCGUUGUAGAGAAAGAGAACACCCAGGAACGUUCCCCAGGUUCUCCCAAGGGCGAGAAGGAGAAGAGCAGGCUGCGCCAGGGUUCCUGGCGGGCCUUUCUGAAAAGCAAAGACACCGAAAGCCCCAAAAAGCCCGCCCUAGUGAGACCGCUGCUAGGACCCGGAAUUCUUUCCCCGGCAGAGACCGACAGCCACUGUGAGGAACGGGCGGGGGACAAAGAGGGCUAUGUUUUUAGCGAUCACUGGGCACCCCCACUUGCCCCCACACCUUUGCCCCCCAGUUUAGUUUCUCCAGAACGCAGGAGGAAAAGUGAACCGACCAUCAAGUGCACAGCCGCCCGGGAAGGCGGUAGGUACCUACCUUCAGGUAUCUUUCCUGAAAAGUCCUGGCUGGUGUCCCCCGGCAGCCCUCGGGCCCAGCAGGCUGGCAUCGCGCACACCCUGCCUUCCAGCUCUGCCAGCUACCUGGCAUAUGAAAACCCCGGGACGCCCUGCAGACCCACGAGCCCCAAACCCCUGAGUCCCAGGCCUAAUGCUCAGCGGACGGGUCCCCACUACCCCGGGAGGGGUAGCGCCGUCUCCAUGGUUUCUCUUGGAAGCUACAGCUACGUGGACAGCAGUUCAGGGGACCCUGAAAGACCCAAGAUUCCCAAGGGCCGGACCAGUCUCCUGCUUUCUCUGCAGACGCUAAACCAGGAUGAGCAGAAGGAAGAGGGCAGGGAAGGAGGCCCGGGUCCACGCGGCUUGGGCACAGCGCCCUGGCUCAGGGACCUUCCUGGGAAUGAGAACCACAUGCCCUGGGAAGAACCAGCAAGUGAGAAGCCCAGUUGCUCUCACAUUCGGAAGGCUUUCCACAUGGAGCCUGCCCGGAAGCCCUGCUUCACCACUGAGAUGGUGACAUGGGCCCUCCUCUGCGUCUCUGCAGAGGCUGUGCACGGGGAGGCUCAUUCACAGCCUAGGGGCAUCCCUCACCGCUCACCCAUCAGUGUGGAUGACCUGUGGCUGGAGAAGACACAGAGAAAGAAGUUGCAGAAGCAGGCCCACGUCGAAAGGAGUCUGCAUGUAGGGGCAGUGCACAAAGAUGGAGUCAAGUGCUGGAGAAAGACGAUCAUUACCUCUCCAGAGUCUUUGAAUCUCCGUAGAAGAAGCCGUCCACUCUCCCAGAGUGCUCCAACGGGACUGAACCACAUGGGCUGGCCAGAGCACAUACCUGGCACUGCCAUGCCUGAUGGAGCUCUGGACACAGCUGUCCGCGCUGAUGAAGUGGGGAGCGAGGAGGACCUGUAUGAUGACCUGCACAGCUCCGGCCACCACUACAGCCACCCUGGAGGGGGUGGUGAGCAGCUGGCUAUCAAUGAGCUCAUCAGCGAUGGCAGUGUGGUCUGCGCUGAAGCACUCUGGGACCAUGUCACCAUGGAUGACCAGGAGCUGGGUUUCAAAGCUGGGGAUGUCAUCGAAGUGAUGGAUGCCACCAACAGAGAGUGGUGGUGGGGCCGGGUCGCCGACUGCGAGGGCUGGUUUCCAGCCAGCUUCGUUCGGCUGCGGGUGAACCAGGACGAGCCCGCGGACGACGAGGCCCCUCGGGCCAGGGACGGCGGGGCGGAGGACGGCGGGGCGGAGGCGCAGAGCAGCAAGGACCAGAUGCGGACCAACGUCAUCAACGAGAUUCUCAGCACCGAGCGGGACUACAUCAAGCACCUGCGCGACAUCUGCGAGGGCUACGUCCGCCAGUGCCGCAAGCGCGCAGACAUGUUCAGCGAGGAGCAGCUGCGCACCAUCUUCGGGAACAUCGAGGACAUCUACCGCUGCCAGAAGGCCUUCGUGAAGGCCCUGGAGCAGAGGUUCAACCGCGAAAGCCCGCACCUGAGCGAGCUGGGUGCCUGCUUCCUGGAGCAUCAAGCCGACUUCCAGAUCUACUCGGAGUACUGCAAUAACCACCCCAACGCCUGCGUGGAGCUCUCCCGGCUCACCAAGCUCAGCAAGUACGUGUACUUCUUCGAGGCCUGCCGGCUGCUGCAAAAGAUGAUUGACAUCUCCCUGGAUGGCUUCCUGCUGACUCCGGUGCAGAAGAUCUGCAAGUACCCUCUGCAGCUGGCCGAGCUGCUCAAAUACACGCACCCCCAGCACAGGGACUUCAAGGACGUUGAAGCUGCCUUGCAUGCCAUGAAGAAUGUGGCCCAGCUCAUCAACGAGCGGAAGCGGAGACUUGAGAACAUCGACAAGAUUGCUCAGUGGCAGAGCUCCAUAGAGGACUGGGAGGGUGAAGAUCUCUUGGUCAGGAGCUCAGAACUCAUCUACUCGGGGGAGCUGACUCGAGUUACGCAGCCUCAAGCCAAGAGCCAGCAGAGAAUGUUCUUUCUCUUUGACCACCAGCUCAUCUACUGUAAGAAGGACCUGCUGCGCCGCGACGUGUUGUACUACAAGGGCCGGCUGGACAUGGACGGCCUGGAGGUGGUGGACCUGGAGGACGGGAAGGACAGAGACCUCCAUGUGAGCAUCAAGAACGCCUUCCGGCUGCACUGUGGCGCCACAGGGGACAGCCACCUGCUGUGCACCAGGAAGCCCGAGCAGAAGCAGCGCUGGCUCAAGGCCUUUGCCAGGGAGAGGGAGCAGGUGCAGCUGGACCAGGAGACAGGCUUCUCCAUCACUGAACUGCAGAGGAAGCAGGCCAUGCUGAAUGCCAGCAAGCAGCAGGUCACAGGGAAGCCCAAAGCUGUUGGCCGGCCCUGCUACCUGACGCGCCAGAAGCACCCAGCCCUGCCCGGCAGCCGGCCCCAGCAGCAGGUCCUGGUGCUGGCGGAGCCCAGGCGGAAGCCAUCUACCUUCUGGCACAGCAUCAGCCGGCUGGCACCCUUCCGCAAGUGAAGUGGUCCCUGCCUGAAGGCACCUGCUGGGCCUUCCUGCCAGUGGCCCCCAGUUUUUCUUCCCCAAGGCCCACUCCGCCUGGCCUUCCUCUGCCUGGAAGUGAGCAGUGCUGGGCUGGGGAGUUGCUUGUACCACCAGGACGUGCCAGGUCUGUACUCCUGUUGUCUUUUUCCCUGUUGCUGGUGCCGUGAAGAGACCAGCGAGGGGGCAGACCCCGCACGUGCCACACCCCCUGCAGCUUGGGCCCCAUCCGCCCUCUGGACCUGUGCAGGGCCUCACUGCGGGGAAACCGCAGCUCAGCCCAGGCCCAGCCGGGGAGAAGGCGCUACCUGCCUGGGACCCUCUUCUCUGGAAACCUAAUCCUCCCUCAUUUCCUCUGGGCAGGACUCUCUGGCCUUCUGUGGCCUGCAAUGCCAGGCCAUGUGCCCCCCUGCCCUCUAGUUCUCCUUCCAAGUCCCCAGCCCAACCAGUGGUGCCAGGCAGCUUGCCACUUGGGAGGGCAGGAACCAGGAAUUCCACACCCUUGUGUCAGGCCCGGAGCCCGCCCUUCACCUCCCAGCCCCUCUAGACAGCGCUGGCUGCCGGAUACCCUCUUCACUUGUGUGUGUGUGUAGUGGAAAGGACAAGACGGUGCAGUCGGCUGCAGACUCCCAGUCGGGAGUGUGGCCAGUCUGCCUGCUGCUGUGCGGUGGCUCCAGAACCACCUCAUUCCUGGUUUUGUUUGGAUUUUGUCAUCUUGUUUUUCUAACAAUGGAGAAAAAGAAUUGAUUCUUGUUAAUGACACAGAAGAUUGCCUUACCCUCGUGAGCGUGAGAAGCCAUAAGAGACUGAAUUCUGUGGCUCAGCACGCAGGACUGACCCACAGCCCAGGCAGCGGGUGUGUGGAGACGGGGCCCCGUCCUGCCAAGGGGCGCCAGGAUCAGAGCCAGUACCUGGUGAGCGGGCGCGGAGCCCACAGGAUUCAGCAGCAUGGACAGUCACUCUUGCACUACUCCUUCUCCAAGCCAGAAACCACAUUUAAUUUCGUAAAUAAAUUUAUGAAAAGUAA